GGUGGGCCGAAAAGCAAAAGGGAACUGCAGUGGGGGAGGGUGAGCCAGAGAAGGGGCGGGGCUCAGCGGAAGGGGCAGGGUGCCGAGGAGAGAGGCGGGGCCUAGAAAUGAAGGGCGUUCCGGGCCAACCGGGAGCGCCGACUCCUAGAGGGCGGAGCCACAGCGGAUGAUUGACGCUGAGGCCCAAGCAAGGAGAGGCGGGGCCAAGGCCUGGGCCUGACUAAACCUGGAGACUCGGGUGGCUGAGGGGCUUCUACCUAGCUGAGGAGCGAAGAGCCGCUGGCGGCCGCAGAUCUCACCGCAGGUCAGGGUUUUUAGAACUUCAGUUAUAAAAAUGGGCAGGAUUUUCCUUGAUCAUAUUGGUGGUACCCGACUGUUUUCUUGUGCAAACUGUGAUACGAUCCUGACCAACCGCUCAGAACUCAUCUCCACUCGGUUCACAGGUGCCACUGGCAGAGCGUUUCUUUUUAACAAGGUAGUUAACCUGCAAUACAGUGAAGUUCAAGAUCGGGUCAUGCUCACUGGCCGCCACAUGGUUCGAGAUGUGAGCUGCAAAAACUGCAAUAGCAAACUGGGAUGGAUCUAUGAGUUUGCCACUGAAGACAGUCAGCGUUAUAAGGAAGGCCGUGUGAUCCUGGAACGUGCUCUAGUUCGAGAGAGUGAGGGCUUUGAGGAGCAUGUACCAUCUGAUAACUCUUGAAGAAAAAGAGAGAAAUCCAUCUUUUCCCAGGUCUCCUUCACUGAAAACAAAAAUCUACUUACAUACACUGUCACCUUAGCAUCAGAGUCGGAUUCAUGAACUGCGGAACAAGAGGUUGUGAGAAUAUAAGAUGGAACCUUUCUUUCUUUUUUUUUUUUUUUUAAUUUUGUAUUUUCCAUCCAGCAGCAGUGUGUAGAGAGAAUAUUAUGCAGAUGCCGUUAAUUUUUUUCCCUAUGUUUACAUCUUGAAGCAGAAGAGUCUGCAGCUAUGUGGUGGGCUAUGUAAGGAAAAAUAUCUGGGCUAUUAGAGUGAAAAAGUGUGUUUUAUGUAAAUUUUGAAAGGAAAAUAUGUCAAAAGCAUGGUUUUUAAACUUGGGCUUCAUUUUAAAACUUUUUUUUUUAAACCAGUUAUUUCACUUGAUUUGCUGGCUUCAGAGAAGAGAUCCGAACCUGUGCCCAGCGCUAAAGGCUCAGUGUUAGCAUGGCUUGUGCUGGCCGGCGUGCCAUAUUCUUGUUGGAGAUGAACCGUAGCACCAGAGCCCAUUCUUCCCUUGUCAGUCUUGACCCAAAGAUGUCACCAUUCCUAGUUAUUUGUCACCACAUAAUUGGUGUUGAUUGGAAACUUUUCUGAAAUGGGCAGAAUUGCUUGGUUGUCUUUUUUCCAUGUAACUUAAGCAUAGUAAUAUAAAUAAAGUAAUAGUUGGA